AUGCCACAGGCUGAAUACGGCGAUAAUCGCGGGCCCGCACACCCAAAUCGCAGCCCUCUCGCCAUUGUCGUCCUGGAAUCAUCACGUCGCACAGCCGGUUCGCUUCUCCUGGCAAGGUGUCUACGUAUAGCUCGAGAUCCGGAUUUCAAUCACAGCACAGGCGGUCAAUAUUACGUCCAUCGCAAACACUUUCAGCGACGAGCUCUCAACCACAGCCGCCCUGCCCGCUAUAACAGGCGCAGAGCCGCUGCAGCUGCUCCACUGAAGCUAAUGCAACUGGGCUCCCCCGGGCCACCGAUUUCAGCUGUCGACGAGGCUCCAGCCCAGGCUGCGUCCAAACCUCCCGCUGUCAGCCAGCUCGUCGCACCUCUUUGCGCAACCAUCGACACACUCCAGCGCCGGCGCGCCGAGCCUGACGCCGUCCUUGUCCUCGAUUGCUGCGCCCUUGCUGAGAACCGCCCGGUCGAGGCGAUCCGAUCCCGCUGGCUCGAGCCCUGUGAACCAGAAAACCCACCCGGCCGCAGCCUGCCAACCCCACCUUCGCAUCGACCCGCCGAGCGCCUGUUGUUGUGGUAUCGUGACGGCGACUCACCGAGCAGCUUAUGCCUGCUGGUCAUCUGCUGGCGACCCGGCCUUGGGGGAACCAAAGAUAGCGAAUCCCACCUCUCCGAGAGCGCUGCCGAGACCUUCUUUCUCCUGACCGCAGCUGAGCCUCCAGCGCUGCCGCUGCCGCUGACGCCUCCGCCCACCUUGAGCGCAUUCGUAAUCCCCGAGACAGCAGCAGCAACGACGACAACACCAUCCACGGCGGCGACAACUCAACACUUCUACUGCUGCGACUGCGACUGCGACGAUAGCAUGGCUUCGACGCCAGCUAGCGUUCGGGUCUCCGGCCCUCCAAACAGGAGCUUCCUGGUGGGAUAUCCGGGCAUCUCUGCGACGCUGCCGCGAAUCGAGGGCAAAGUCGAGAUUCGGCCGGGCCAAGGCUACUCUAUGCCUGUGCCGGUAUCCCUGGUGCGAAUAAGCCUCCAAAGGCGCGAGACGAUACACCCCGACGCCGAUAGUCUAACGAAACGACACCUGGGCGCACCCCGAAAAGAGACUACCGAUCUGGUCGGUAAGGAGGUGCUGCUAUUCAGAUGCUCAUCGGGCAAGGGUGCCGAGGACGUUUACUCCAUGGACCUGCCCUUCAUCAUCUUUAUCCCCUUUGGCAGAGGCGGAGAGGAGACAAAUCGAAGAAUACCGCCAGCAUCCCUACAGCUGCCCAGCAGGAUCGCCGAGACGUACUACGAACUAGUGGUGACGGUGCAGCAAGGUCACAAAGAUCAAUACAGAUACAGCUUCCCACUACCCAUACUACGGUACGACACACUGUCAACGUUUGGCAUGUACAAUAAACCCGAAACAAAGCAAAUCACCAGCGACAAUCUCGUCCACCUCGCAAUCAACCUGCCCCGCUGGAGCUACGGCCCCAAUGAUCCCAUAACCGUAUACAUCAAGAUCGCUCCCAACUCUGACUGGUGGAACAAGGCCAAGAAGGUGACCAUAGACAAGAUCACGCUCGGCAUAGAAGAGGAGAUUACUUUCAAUCCGGAAGGAGACGAGCCGACCAAGAAGGUCAACAAGCUGGCGAAACAGGUCCAGGUGGUCAAGACAAAAUUACCGGAAGCGGGAUACGCAACCAACAUCGGCCUAGUGUUCCCCGCGAAAGAUCUUAGAGAUAGCGAGGGCAUUAUCAAGAGGGGUAGACCGGCGUUUCCCCAGUAUGAGGUUGCCUCAUUUACCACAUCAUCAACGCUAUAUAAGAUUGAGUUUUACCUCAGCAUCAAGGUGCAAGUAAGUGGUGCUAGAGAUCUCCACCUACGACAACCAAUCGUCAUCUGCCCCCUCGAUCAACAAGGCUGCAAGGAAGAAAUGGACGCCAUCGAAAUCGCGGCUAGAGAAGCCUCACAUGUCGACCCAAAUAAUCCCAUGGUCCCAGCUCGUACCAUCGUCCUGGCUAACGAUCGAGAUGCGUUGCGAGCCUUGGGCUUGUGUAUGGUUGGAAAGGUGAAGAAGCCAUUUAUUGAGUGA